AUGAACUCCGUGCAGAUUGAUCUGUCGCUGAGCUCUGUCCAAUUGACGCCUCGAGUACGGGAGCUCUCGUCCCGGUUGCCCUCGCCCGGCGAGUCUCCUCGCUGCGUGUUCGUCCAGGUGAACAGACUGCAAGAGGACACGAGUGAGCAGCACUAUGACCUACCAGUCGACCCCAAGCAGUUCGACCGAGCCACGAGCAUCAAGCCCAGCAGCAUGCUGCGACCGCACAUGCGCAUCUUCUACCUGUCGUGGAUGUCGGCCAUCACGGGCUUCUUCGGCUGGUACGCCAUCCCGCCGCUCAUGCCGGUGAUCAGGACGGAGCUCGGACUGACCGACGGUCAAGUGCUCAACUCGGACAUCGCCAGCACAGCGAGCACCGUCUUCUCGCGCAUUGCGUCGGGCCCGCUGCUGGACCGCUACGGUCCUCAGGCAGUGCAGAGCGCCGUGCUGUGGCUCGGAGCCAUCCCGAUCUUCUGCGCUGCGUUCGUCAACUCGGCCACGACGCUUCUGGCCGUGAGGUUCUUCGUCGGCCUCGUGGGCUGCGUCUUCGUCACGAGUCAGUACUGGACGACCAUCACGUUCGCGCGCAACGUGGCGGGCGCGGCCAACGCCAUCACGGGCGGCCUGGGGCUCUCGGGCAUCGGCUUCGCGUUCCUGCUGCUGCCGUUCGUGUUCCAGGCCAUCACGUCAAGCGGACACGUCUCGGACGACCUGGGCUGGCGCAUCACCAUCGCGCUGCCGGCGGUGCUGAUGAUCACUAUGGGUGUGGUGAUCCGCUUCGCAGUGGACAGCUGCCCCACCGGGAACUUCCAAGAGCUCAUGAGCAAGAAGCGGCAGGCCGAAAACCCAAAUGGAGAUGACAAGCAGCCUCCGAGCUUGUUGCAGUCGUUCAAGAUUGUGUUGUCGGACCGGAACGUGCUCGUUAUGAUCGCGCACUACGCGGCGUGCUUCGGUACCGAGCUGCAGUUGAACAACAUGGGCGCCCUCUACUUCUACAAGGGGUUCACCAAGAAGGGCUGCACCGACAGCAUGUUCUGCUCACUACUGUCCAAGACGAGCGCGGCUACGGUGGCGUCUUCUUUCGGACUGAUGAACUUGUUCGCACGCGCGGUGGGAGGUUUGACGUCUGACGCUGUCAACCGCCGACUGGGUAUGCGCGGCCGGCAGUACGUGCAGUUCGCGCUGCUGUGCGUGCUCGGGGCUUUCGUGAUGGCGCUCAGCCGAUCGCACUCACUCGGGCUAUGUAUCGCGUUCUACGUGCUCGUAGCUAUCGCGGCGCAGGCGACGGGUGGCUCGACCUACGGCAUCGUCCCGUAUCUGAACGAGCACCAUACAGGCACAGUCAACGGCCUAGUCGGCGCAGGAGGCAACAUGGGCGGAGCGCUCUUCGGCGUCAUCUUCCGCGUCACGGGGUCGUACAGCACGGGGCUGUUCUACAUGUCGAUCUUCAUCUUCAGCUGCGCUCUACUCACGCCGCUGCUGAGCCGACGCCGCCAGUGA